GCUGACCGCUGACUCGUCUCUAUCUUUUUCUACCACCCUCUACAGACGUUUCUUGCCUUUGCCAAAGUGACUAUGCUCCAAGAUUAUCGUUGCAAAGCAGCCGUCUGCAGGUAGCAGUUCUGCAAUUUUGAGAGUUGUUUUUUUCCUUUCUAAUUGUUAAUGGUCUAAUUUUGUGAUAACAUACACGAAAAAGUUGAGACUUUGGUACCCAUUGUUGUACCAGUUAUUCACAAUGGAUAAAGAAAGAUUUACUAUGCUGUUGCUUGAACCAGGUGAGAUUUUUUUUGAGGAUUAUAGUGUCUCGGUCAAAGCACUGAUCAAUCCGCUUGCUGGAGAUUCUGAGUGGACGAAUGGGAGACUCAAGUUAUGUUCUAAGUCUUUGGUCUUUGUAAAUAAAGAUCUGAAUAAGCCGUUGAUUAAAGUACAACUGAAGGAAAUGAUCUGCACUGAGAAAUGGAACACAGCAAGUUGGGACGCCAGAAAUAACAAUAUAUUAUCGGUAAAAUGCAAGCAGUAUGUCGAAAUGCUUCAAGGUAAUGUACUUGCGCCUCACAAAUUUGUACAUAAACCCGAACAUUACCUAUUUCGCUUCAAUUAUGCUACCAUUGAAGACUGUCUGCCGCAAAUAUUGCAAUUGUUGCGGGCUGCUACACUUCCCAUGGCUGAGCAAAAUGCUAUGAUAACAGCUAUCGUUCAUUCAAGACAAUCUAGAAUUUCAUUCGAUACAUCAUGGCUGGAGGAUCUUUACGAACAGGUGGUGUUGGAAGUUCAAGCUGACAAAAUAUCUCCGCUGGUUGUGAAUCCUGGAAGAGUUUUGCUCACCUCGUCCAGAAUUUACUUUCAACCAUACAAUAACAUGGAUCAGCACCCAGUGCUCAAAAUCCAGCUCAAAGAUAUCAGCCAGAUUAUUAAGCGGAGAUUUUUACUCCGACAAGUGGGCCUUGAAAUUGAAUGGAGGACAAGACGGACCGAGGAUAAAAAGAAACAUCUUUUUUUGUCAAUGAGAUCACAGAUAGACAGAGAUAAUCUUUAUUCCAGUUUGUUAAACCAAACGGAGGUUCGCCCGGAAACCAUCCAGCAAAAUCAAAUGACUAUGCUGUGGCAAAACGGAACUUUAUCGAACUACGAUUAUCUUUUAUACAUCAACAGUUUAGCUGACAGGACGUUCCACGAUCUAACACAAUACCCGGUUUUUCCUUGGAUCAUACAAGAUUAUUCUUCAGCUUCUUUAGAGCUGAGCAAUCCAGCAGUGUACAGAGAUUUGGAUAAACCAAUCGGUGCAUUAGAGCCAAUACGUUUAGAAAGAUUGAAAGAAAGGUACGCGGAAAUGACGGAGCCUAAAUUUUUGUACGGAUCUCAUUAUAGCGCUCCGGGUUUUGUUCUUUUCUAUCUAGUGAGGAAAUAUCCUCAAUAUAUGCUCUGUCUGCAAAAUGGCAGAUUUGAUCAUCCCGACCGUAUGUUCAAUAGCGUGGCCGAUGUAUGGAAAAAUGUAUUGGUGAACAUGUCUGACUUUAAAGAACUCGUCCCAGAGUUUUAUGAUACGGAAACUGCAGGCGAUUUUUUAACAAACAAUUAUGGCAUUGACUUUGGUUAUCGACACGACGGUUCAAAAGUUGACGACGUUCAUCUGCCCCCUUGGGCCACAGGGCCGUCAGAUUUUAUCUAUAAACUAAGAAGUGCUUUGGAAAGUCCAUACGUAUCUCAAAACCUUCAUAACUGGAUCGAUCUGGUCUUUGGCUACAAACAGAGAGGCCCUCAAGCAGUGGAAGCAAAUAAUGUAUUCUUCCAUUUGUGUUAUGAGGGUGCUGUUGAUUUGGACACUAUUCAAGAUAUAAACGAUCGGCAUGGAUUAGAAGUGCAGAUAAUGGAGUUUGGUCAGAUACCAAAACAAGUCUUUGAUUUACCUCACCCGAAAAAGAUACUAUCCAUUCCAAGAACUAUACGUGAUUUGAAAACCAGAACUCCAAGCGAUAGAUGUUUUCUUAGUGAUGAAACAAUUUCUGAAGUUACGAAGUUGCGACUAUCCAAUACGUUUCAAUCUCAUAAGGAUAUGGUGAGCUGCGUAAGUGUCACUGCUGGCGGGACAGGGGAUGAUCUUAUUUCUGUAGGGCAUGACGGAAUGCUCAAACUGUAUUCUAUAAAAACUGGAAAACUAACGCGCAGCGUUUCACUUUCUUCAUUGCCCCUAUCAUCCUGUGCAUCCUACAAGCCACUCUCUGAAUCGAAUAUACUCGUAGCUGGCUGCUGGGAUAAUACAAUAAUUUUCUAUGAUGUUGAAUUUGGUCGAAUAGUUGAUACUCUGAACGGACACGAGGACGCGAUUUCUUGCCUAGCAUGGAGCUCAGCUCGCAACAUAUUGGUCUCCGGCUCUUGGGAUUGUACGGCAAAAGUUUGGCGGAGUUAUAACUUAGGGAAGAAAAUCAGACCUACCGAAUAUUUGACUGCUCAAUUGGAUCAUGACGCGAAAAUUACAUGCAUCACCAUAUCCAGAGACGACAAAUUACUUGCUUCUGGAACUGAAGAUGGAGAACUAUUUUUGUGGUGUUUGGAACAAUUCUCUCUGCAGUUUACUAUCAAGGGACACACAGCAAGAGUAAAUGCAGCUAGUUUUGACGGGGAAUCGAAAAAAUUAGUUUCUUGUGCCAAAGACCUGGCACUGAAAGUAUUGGAUGUUCAAACUGGGACACAAAUAUAUUCCUCAGUCCUUGAGGUGGAACCGACAUCUUUAUUUUGGUACGACACAGAACUUCUUCUGGUUGGAGAUGCGCAAGGGGAUCUACAUAUCUGGGAUUUUCGAGGCAUUCUUAUUGUCGGAAAAUAUCAAUGCCAUAAUGGGCCGAUCACAACUAUAACUGCCUCCAGCGAUAAGAAGAAAAUCAUAACUGGUGGCAAGGACAAGAAAGUGAUCAUCUGGGACCGCGGAUAGCACUUGUGCCCUUCAUGGAAGAUGCAGACAAUGCUUCAAGAUAUCAAAAAAUUCUUGCCGCAGUGACGUAACCAUAAUGAGGUUAUAUGUUAUCAAGGAUGUGAAUUCUGUUGAAAUUGUAAAUAAAAUAAUCAGAGGUAUUUCUAUACCCUGUAAUACUAUUAUCUCUUAAUGAACUGAUAAUCUGUGAUGUAUAGAUGAUAAUAAUAAAUGAAAUAAGGGCUGUAUAGUAUUUAUAAGUUGCAGCUUUCUUAUAGUGGCA